UCCCCUCAUCACUGCUCCCCAGCCUAGCCCGCCCCAGGCUCCAAGCCCCUCCUUUUCCCCUCCCUUGUCACUCAUCCGCACUCCUUUUCACCGCUGCCAUUUUUGCUCAAAUCCACCACCCCCACCUCUCCUCUCGACCCAGGCCCUCUCUUUCUCAGUGACUGUUCCACUGUCCCGCCUUUUGCCAUCUCUCUCUCCCCUCGCCUCCUUUUCCCUCUUCUUUCCUCUUCUUCUUCCUCGAUCGCCUCUGCUGGAAAUUAACUCCUCCUCGAUCCAUGGCCGUGGCCCUCUUAUAGUCCAAGAAGCUGUCACACGAUCACUUGGGAUCUAGGAGUAGGAAGUAGUGGCGUGCCUGGCCCUGCGGCAUCCCGUUUGAUCAUUGAGCUGUAGUCUGGUUCGACAUUGCAAUGUUGCAAAGGAACCUGCCGAGUCUCUCCCUCCGGAUAAGCCCGCCGGCCGGCUCGUCGACGGCAUCCUCAGGCCCGCCCGCAGCGGUGGGGAAGCCACUGCGGUCGACGGAACCAGCCGCGGGGACUGACGCGGAGGGAAGCGGCGAGGUAGGGUUCUUUGCAAACCCUAGCCCCGGCGCCGAUCCCCCGGGCCUGAGCCUGGGGCUCGGGGCGCCGACGAUGCGCGCCGACGCAGGCCGCUCGCAGGCGCCGCAGGGAUGCGCGUUCAAGCGCGCGGCCGCCGGCAGGGCUUCGCAGCCCGGCGGCUCGAAGAGGAGCGUCCGGGCGCCGCGGAUGCGGUGGACCACCGCGCUACACGCGCGGUUCAUGCACGCCGUCCAGCUCCUCGGCGGCCACGAGAGAGCGACGCCGAAGUCGGUGCUGGAGCUGAUGAACGUCAAGGAUCUGACGCUGGCGCACGUCAAGAGCCACCUGCAGAUGUAUAGGACGGUGAAGGGCACAGACAGAUCGUCGCACGUCGCCACAGGCGAGCAGCAGAUGGUGGUGGUGGACGCAGGAGGAAGAGGAUGCGGUGGCGGUGGCGGUGGUGGAGUGGUGGCGAUGCUGCCUGCUUGUGAUGUCGACAUGGCUGGCUUCUGCGGCGCGCCUGCGGCAGCCGCGGCAUCUGCGCCGCCUGCCGCGACGACUAGUUCCGCUGCGCAUUUCCUCUGUGCGUCAGCAACAGGAGCGGCAGCAGCUGCAGCGGCUUCACUGGUGGCACUGGUACCGUCGCCUCCUCCUCCACCCAUCCCCCCGAGGAGAGCUGACCUCGCAGCAGUGGCGCUCGAGAAAGGCGUCGCCAUUGUUGAUCCAUUGCACCGGUGUCAGAAGCUUGAUUACUCAGCAGCGUUCCAAGAUACUCCUCAGGAAGCUAAAGAGGAGGCGGCCGGUCACCUGCCGAUGGGGGUACAUGGGAGCGUGGAGGGGGCGAUCUCUGGGAACUACUGUUCAAGCCCUGCGAGCUCGUCUCCAUCUCUUGCAAGCUUCGAGCUGCUGGCGGACGACACCUUCGCGCCCAACCUGGAGAUAUCGCUUGGGAGGCACGACUGGGGCAUGGAGCACCCCGAAGAACUCAGCCUGAAAUACCUGUGAAAAAAGAUCUUCUUCUUCUUUCUUUCUUUCUUUCCUUUUGGGUUAAUUUCACUCUGCUAACCAUUGAUCAAUUAAUGGCUGUGACGACUGGAUUUCAGUAUGUUCAGCGAGAGAGUGAGCUUGAUGUUUGGCUUGAGACGGUGAAAA